UUAAUUUUCUUGCUGUUGAUUUGUUCUUUCAAUUAAUUAAGUGAUCUGAAGUUUGAACUCUAUUGCAGAUAACUUCAUGUGUGUGUCUUGUGUAUUUCUCCGUCUAAAUAAACAAAAGACUUAAGCACAUCAAAAGUGCAUUGGCAUGCCUUCUACUAUUAAUCUUUGACUAAGGUGGAAGCAAAGUUUCAUAUCUAAAUGAUUCAGUGAUUUGUAUUUUGUUUUUAAUAUUAAAAUUUAUGGUCAUAAGUGGAUGAAUAUAACUAACAAGUAAGUACUCAUUUUGUGUUAUUUUAUUUCUUCAAGAUCCAGUAGUUUUUCAAUGUAAAUAUAUGAGGUGAAAGGUCCUAUUAACAUUUUUUAAAGAAAAUAAGAGGUCCACCAUUUGAUUAGUUAAAUGGGGGUGGGCUUGUGGGGUUCUUUUUCUAAUUGCUAUAUUCUAUAAUGGCUGCUUGGAGUGGGACAAGUUUUUUUAUUAAAAUUAUAUUUACUUUCUUGUUUAGAAUAACUAUACUCAGCCAUUUGACGCUUCACAGCUAUAGUCAUUUGACAAUUAACAUUCACAAAGCUUCAUUCAGCUUCUUCCACUGAUAUCAUAGUGCUACCAUCAUCUUCACAUUACAACAAUGGCUAAAGUUGGAAGAAUGAAGUUGGGUUCACAGGGCUUGGAGGUGUCUCAGCAAGGACUUGGUUGCAUGGGAAUGUCUUCUGGCUAUGGACCUCCAAAACCAGAACCAGACAUGGUUGCUCUCAUCCACCAUGCUAUUCAGUCUGGUGUCACAUUCCUUGACACUGCUGAUGUCUAUGGCCCUCACACCAACGAAAUUCUAAUUGCAAAGGCUCUGAAGGGAGGGCUGAGAGAGAAGGUUGAAUUGGCAACCAAAUUUUCAAUCAAUAUUAUUGGGGAAAGGAAAUUCGAUAUCCGUGGAGAUCCAGAAUAUGUGAGAGCUUCCUGUGAGGGGAGCUUGAAGAGACUUGACAUUGAUUGCAUUGAUCUCUAUUUUCAGCAUAGAGUUGAUACUCGCGUGCCAAUCGAACUCACUAUUGGGGAGCUUAAGAAACUUGUUGAAGAGGGAAAAAUAAAGUACGUCGGUCUAUCUGAGGCGUCGCCUUCAACAAUCAGAAGAGCACAUGCUGUUCAUCCCAUAACCGCUGUGCAAAUUGAAUGGUCUCUAUGGUCCAGAGAUGUCGAGGAAGAAAUAAUUCCAACUUGCAGGGAACUUGGCAUUGGAAUUGUUGCAUAUAGUCCUCUUGGCCGCGGAUUCUUUUCAUCCGGAUCAAAGUUGCUUGAUAAUUUGUCGCAGAACAACUUCCGGAAGGCUCUGCCUAGAUUUCAACCUGAAAACCUGGAGACGAACAAGACUAUAUUCGAGAGGGUCAAUGAAAUGGCCGCGAAAAAAGGAUGCACUCCAUCUCAGCUUGCAUUGGCAUGGCUUCACCACCAAGGCAAUGAUGUCUGCCCCAUACCUGGAACCACCAAAAUUGAGAACUUUAAUGACAACAUUGGAGCCUUGUCUGUGAAACUUACACGGGAAGAAAUGACAGAACUCGAGUCCUUUGCUACCGCAGAUGUUGUCAAGGGUGAUAGAUAUGCAGAGGAUAUGUUAGCUACAUGGAAGAACUCUGAUACUCCACCACUUUCUUCUCGGAAAGCUGUUUAAUCAUGUUCAUCACAAUGUUUAUUUUAUCAUUGCACCUUCAAGAGUGUUGGUUACUUUCAAUAAAUAGAUCAGUAUGAAGGGCAUGUAUGUGUUCCCUUUUGAAAUGAAUUUGGUUACAUCAGUGAACCUUCCAAAUUUCUAGCUGCUGAUUUUGUAUAUUCUUAACUUUGAAGUGGUUUUUGGAUUCUGCUGCCUAUACAUAAAAUAAGGGUUUAUGGAGAAUUUGUGCCAAUGAAAAAAGAGUCCUUAUUCAGUUGCA